AUUUAUUGCGGUUAUGUUCAACUGAUUUUCAAAUUGCGUUGUUAAUUGAUUAAAAAUCGAAUUACGUUUUAUUAAUAAUCGUUUAAUAAUUUAUUGUAUUAUUUAAAAUGAGGUACGGCCAAUUGGUCAUGGGUCCUGCGGGUAGCGGUAAGUCUACUUACUGCUCUGCAAUGGUUCGGCAUGCUGCAGAUGAAGGUAGAACUAUUCAUGUUGUUAAUUUGGAUCCUGCAGCUGAACAUUUUGACUACGAACCGAUUGCUGACAUAAGAGAAUUAAUUUGUUUAAGUGAUGCUAUGGAGGAUGAAGAACUGAAAUUUGGACCUAAUGGAGGACUCGUCUUUUGCAUAGAAUAUCUUGUCCAAAAUUGUUCAUGGCUUGAAGAAGAAUUAUCUGGUGAGGAAGGUGAUCCAGAAGACGAUUAUAUAUUAUUUGAUUUACCAGGCCAAAUCGAGUUGUAUACACACCUACCAUCUGUUCGACAAUUAAUUCAUAUUUUAGAACAAUGGAAUUUCAGAUUAUGCAGUGUAUUUUUGGUGGAUUCACAAUUUAUGAUAGAUGGGCCAAAAUUUUUGUCAGGUACAAUGGCAGCUUUAAGUGUAAUGGUUAAUGUAGAAUUACCACAUUUGAAUAUAUUAAGUAAAAUGGAUUUACUUGGAAAAACUUCUAGAAAUCAACUAGAAAAAUAUUUGGAGCCUGAUCCCCACAGCCUACUUUGUGAAGUAACUGGUGCAUCAGUUUGGGGAGAAAAACAUUUCAGGUUGUCUGAAGCAAUUGGGAAAUUAAUUGAAGAUUACAGUCUUGUUCGAUUCACACCAUUAAAUAUCCAAGAUGAAGAAAAUUUAGCGGAUGUUUUGAUAACAUUAGAUAACAUGUUACAGUUUGGGGAAGAUGCUGAUGUGAAAACUAAAGACUUUGAUCAACCUGAUGAUGAUGAAUAAUUUGGCCAUUCAGUGUUUAAUUUAUUGUUGAAUUUAUAA